CCGAAGCACGGGGCUCGUGGAGAUAAUCCCUUCCUGCUGCACACGGAUUGCACCGCAUCUCUGGGACCACAGAAAUAGUUACUUGUGCCAAACGUUUCAUGCAUAACCUCAGAUAGAAGAAGCGGAUUCGAGCAGGAGGGAGAGGAAUCCAUUUCACUCCUAACUUCUAAAAGACAAGGCAUACAAAUGCUUUCAGUUCAGCCGGACACCAAGCCGAAGGGUUGUGCUGGCUGCAACCGGAAGAUUAAGGACCGCUACCUGCUGAAGGCCCUGGAUAAAUACUGGCACGAGGACUGCCUGAAAUGCGCCUGCUGUGACUGCCGGCUCGGGGAGGUGGGCUCCACGCUCUACACCAAAGCCAAUCUCAUCCUCUGCCGCCGGGACUACCUCAGGUUGUUCGGCGUGACGGGAAACUGCGCCGCGUGCAGCAAGCUCAUUCCCGCCUUCGAAAUGGUCAUGCGCGCCAAGGACAAUGUUUACCAUCUGGAUUGUUUUGCUUGUCAGCUUUGUAAUCAAAGGUUUUGCGUGGGAGAUAAAUUUUUUCUGAAAAACAACAUGAUUCUCUGCCAGACAGACUACGAAGAGGGUUUAAUGAAAGAGGGAUAUGCCGCGCAGGUUCGCUGAGCCGACGGCUGGCUGGCUGGCUGGGAGAGCAGAAGCACUAUGCCCUUUUAUCUAUUUUACUCAACAUGUAAAUAAGAGCCGAGGCCGGAAUCUUCCGGAUAGAUUAAUUCUAGGGAGACCCUCGGGCCACGUGGUGGACUUCAUUGUAACUGUAACCUUGUAAGUUGCUGCAGAAUUGAAUGUUUCAUAAAGAUCUGUACAGACGGCGGAUUUUUCUUUUUCCCUUUUUCCCCCCGUUUUCUCUCUUUUCUUUUUUUUCCGCUUGCUGCCCUUUUGAUUUCUUCUGUCACUUGGCAUGAGACUCCUGUAUAUAUUGUACGGUAAAUCCCGAAGCACAAAUGGAAUACAGUUUUAUUGUGUUACCAUUUGUCUUCUUCGAUGAUUUCUUUGUAUCGUUGCAUUUAGUACAAUCAGUGUUUAAACAUAUUUCUGUAUAUUUCUGCUUCCUGUAUUUUUCAGCGAUUUGAAAUAUAAGCUGUAAGUUUCUAGUAAAAAGUAUUAAAUCGUAUAACGUCGUUAUACAGAGACAAAUGGUGUCACAUUUUAGCAGUUUCUUUGAAGCAGUUACUACGUAUAUUUUCAUAGAAGGCCCCGCAAUCUGUAUUGCGCAGGUUUAGCCUCGGAGGCCGCUGUCAUCUCCGGCUGUUUGGGGACCAUCUAUAGGAGGCACUUAUAGAAAAUGGGGAGCUGAGCAAAGAAAUCUGAAGAUUUUAACUAAAAGAGCGAGAAAAAAACCUACUGCAGAGGUAAAAACUUACUGAAAUAGCCUUUCCCCCCCAAAAAAAACCUUUUUUAUUCUGGAAGCCUCCCGAGCUGGUGUUUGUGCUCCUCGGCUAGGUGGGCUUCGGUGCCGGAUUCCUGCCCUCCCUCAGAUUAUUAUUUGGUUUAUUUCCGAUGCAGAUUAAGGGGUUUAAAUCUUAGAGAUGCAGGCGAGUAAAGUAAUAACGUGGCAAAAAGAGCUAUUCGUAUGUUCGCUUUUUACUUAAUAAACUACAAUUUGUAACAAUGU